GCUUGGACAAUAUAUUCGACUGACAGCAAAAGCAACCUCUACAGCCGCUGCUCUCUCAAAAGUGGUGUGAUGGCGGAAAUAAAAGAAACUGACGCGGGGAGCCUGCUGAGAGCGCCAUCCGACACCAUCCCAAAAUCCAUUGAGCGACUACCUUGCGAAUACAAGCCGCUGUACACCUUCGACCUCGAAAAGGAUAAGCAAUAUAAGCAGCAAUAUGGCGACAUGUAUUUCUUGCGGCUGGCCAAGCUGAAGCCGGCUGCGGAGAAAGUAGCUGCUGAGGCCUGGGCUGGCUUUGAGAUUGGCGGGGAAGAAGCCACCAAGGUGGAGAGAGUGUUGGAUGUCAGGCAGGGCGAACUAUGCUGGGUUACUGGGACAAUAUAUAUGGAUAUGGCACUGAAGCCGAAUAUUCUGGACGACAUAUCGAAAGAUCAUUGGACUUCAGCGGUGCCACCAAGGCAAAAAUACAAAUCGUCGGAUGGCAGUGACUCGACAAUGCUGGAGGAUGAAUCUGGACGGGUACGACUGAUUGGUGCGCGCCUUGCAGAUGAGAUGAUGGUGACCGGUUGCAUCGUCUCCGUUAUGGGCACCGAGAACGCCAACGGAGAUUUCGAAGUCGUCGACAUCCGAACCCCGGAUCUCGCACCCCAGCCAGCCCGCUGGGAAUACUCGGAUUCUUCGAAAACAGCGACAGAAUCCGGCCGAAAAGUCAAAAAGCAGAAGAUGGAAGACGAGGAUGAGGAGAUGACUGAGUCUCGACCUGGAAGCGGCGGUAAGAUCGCUAUCGUGUCAGGCCUCGACAUCUCGGGCUCAAACACAGGCCACACCCUCCAGCUCAACCUCCUCCUUGAGUACCUCCUCGGCGAAGCUCUCGACCCCGCCUCCCAACAACAAGCCUCCCAAAUCAGCCGGCUAAUAAUCGCCGGAAACUCUAUCGUUGUCGACGACUCUGUCCCCGGUGGAAGCCUCGGCAACACUCGUAAAGCAACGCACAAGAAAUACGGCUACGACAGCAGCGCCUAUAAUCCCGCUCCCACCGCGCACCUUGACGAUUUCCUCGCCGCCCUUCUCCCUAGCGUCCCUGUCACCUUAAUGCCCGGCGCCUCAGACCCCGCGAACGCAAGUCUUCCCCAGCAGCCUGUGCAUUCAGCCAUGUUCCCACAGGCGCGGGCUUAUGGAUCGGGGCCACCGAUCGAUGGGGAGAAGAAGAUUGGGUGGUUCGAUGCGGUUACAAAUCCCUGGGAGGGCGAGGUAGAGGGAUGGAGGGUACUGGGAACUGGGGGGCAGAACGUGGACGACGUGUUCAAGUAUGUGGAAGGGGAGGAUCGGUUGGGAAUGAUGGAGGCGACGUGCAGAUGGAGGUGCUGUGCACCAACUGCACCAGAUACACUGUGGAGUUAUCCGUUCCAGGACGACGAUCCCUUUGUUAUUAAAGACUGUCCGCAUCUUUACAUAGUUGGAUCCCAACCAAAAUUUGAUACCAGUGUCAUCGAAGGUUCGGACGGACAGAUGGUGCGGUUGAUAGCUGUACCGCGAUUCUCCGAGACUGGAGAGCUGCUCCUGGUAGACUCGGAGACAUUGGAGGUUGAGCGUGUAGUUAUCGAUGUUUUUAAUGGCGAUUUAUAGCUAGAAUAAUGCUAAUUGAAUUUGUUCAAUC